AUGUCUAAAAAGAACAAAACCUUACUCCCGAAAGCUCCUCCUCAAAAGAAGUUUAAAUCCACUGCAUCCACCAUCAUUUCUGUGGUACUUGGCCUCAUUGCGGCCUAUCUGGUGUCUGCCAUCAUCCGCAUUGAAAUCAAUGGCAGACGAGGACUCAAGUCUACAGCUGAAUGGAAAGAGUUAAUAAAGGAACAUCCCUAUCAACGAAGAGACACUGAUCUCCGUUCUCCUUGUCCCAUGUUGAACACACUUGCCAAUCACGGAUUUAUCGCCCGAGAUGGCCGCAAUAUCAAGUCCGAGGAGCUGUUUGAUGCUCUCAUGUUGAUGGGUGCACCUCCAACAGUUACUGUCCUCAUUCUCAACUUUGUCUACUUUCAAUUACAAGAAGCCAACCCUCAAGACUCGCUGUUUGCGCAAUUCAAGCCUCUUGAAACAUUGGAUCUGGAUAGACUCACCGUAUUUGGCGUUUUGGAACAUGAUGUAUCACUCACAAGACCUGAUUCUACUCUGCUGGGACACUUGGAUACAUCUCAUGUCGUACCUGAAUAUGUAGAGAGAAUGAUCAGACUAGCUGAGACCAAGAACCAAGGCGAAUUGAAGGGAACAUUUACUCGUGAAAAUGAGAAUGAUGCUCGCAAGUUGAGAUGGAUGGAGUCUAUUCGAGAUAACAGACACAUGCAUUUGAAUUUCUUCUCACAGUUUGCCUCCAGUACAGAAUGCUCCUUGCUGCUGGAUAUUAUCGGUCGUGAUGGAAGCAUUAGCUUACCUCAUUUAAAAUCGUUCCUAUUGAAUGAAUCCUUCCCAGAGGACUGGCAUCCUCGAGAAACCACCUAUACAAUGAAGGAGCUUGCUACUAAGCCUAUGAUCUGCUGGCAUGGACUUCGUAAAAGUCAAGUGUCUUUGGAUUUAAUCAAUGAGCUUGCAUGA